AUGAAUCGGCUCGGCCUCCUCGUCCUGCUCACCGUGGCCAGGCUGGCACACGGGAUAUGGGACAACUGCAGAUGGACCUGCGGGCUCCGACCCAUGGUGUCUGACUCCACACCUGAUGAUUAUGGCUUAACACGCAUUGUGGGUGGCAGAGAUGCCAAGCCAGGGGCCUGGCCUUGGAUGGUCAGCAUCCAGCAUCCCAGAAUACCAGGCACAAAGCAUUUCUGUGGAGGGUCCCUCAUCAGGGCAGAGUGGGUCCUCACAGCAGCCCAUUGCUUCGACCUCAUUUUUAACACCACCAUGGUGUACGUGGUGAUUGGGGCCAGCCAGUUGACUCAGCCAGGCCCUGGGGUACAAGUGCGCCAAAUUAAGAAAUUAGUACGUCACGAAAAUUAUAAGCGAAGUGACAUGAGCAACGACAUUGCCUUGCUGGAACUGACCAAGCCUGUCCAGUGCAGCCCCUACAUCCAGCUGGCCUGUGUGGCCGACCCGAUCCUAGGAGUGUCAGUGUCACAGGAGAAUAACUGCUGGAUUGCUGGCUGGGGUGCUGUCACCGCCAAAGAUAAAACCCCAAGUGACCACCUCCAGGAGGCCAAGGUGCGCCUCAUCAAUGUCCAGCUCUGCAACAGCACCUUCUGGUACUCAGGGAAAAUCCACUCCCACAACUUGUGUGCUGGUUACCCACAGGGUAAAAUCGACACCUGCCAGGGUGACAGCGGUGGGCCUCUCAUGUGCCAGGACAUCAAUGCUGACUCCUGGUGGGUCGUUGGAGUGACCAGCUGGGGAAAAGGCUGUGGCAGAGCAAGGCGGCCUGGAGUCUACAGCUCCACUCAGUACUUCUAUGACUGGAUCCUGGUCCAUAUGGGCACAUAUAAUAUUUAAACUGCUUCUUGA